UAUUUCUAUAUUGGCUAAACAGGAGCUAGAAGAAAUGUACCUUUUCCUAGUUUUGACUAGCAUAAUAACCCUACGAGUUUGUUCAAGCAAAUAUGAAUAUCGAUGUCCUGUGACCUUAGGCUGGCAGAUUCGUGGUAAAGCUCUGUGUAAAAGUUCCACAAGGUACAGUUGUUUGCAUGAUGAGAACAAAUACUCGUUCAGAGAAAUUUGUAGAGAAGCGCCAAGUUUGUUAGCACAAGGUAACAAAUAUGUAAUCAGAGGAAAUCUCGAUGGAGAAAACUGCAAUAAAAGUCGAUACCAACCUUUCAUUUUUAAAACAAACGAGAGUAGUGAGUGUGUGAUUAAAAAGUCUUAUUGUAGCGAGGAAGGACUAAUUAUUUACAGCAAUGGAUCUACAACAGAAGAUACAUCAUGUCGGUGUGACUAUUCCAAAAGCUAUGCACCAAUACAAAAGCCAAGUAAUCCGUGUUACUGUGUACCAUCGGAAGGAGAUUGUUCAUGUUAUCUGAAGCCAUGUCCUGAUAAAACACAUCUAUCUUCAGAAUUCACAUGUAUAUCUGAUUAUACGUUGGAGAAACCGGACGUUUGUGGCCCUCUAAUGCUGACAAGGUCGCCAUUACCAGUGACGCCUGAUAGUUUGAAAAUCGACUCAAAAUUGCCGAUACAUACUACCUACAGAAAGGAAAAAGAUAUCUUAACAUAUAUAUUCAGGAAUGUUGCAAGUGCUUUGAUUUCGACGGCAAUCGGAUGUGUUAUCGUUAUGUUGCUAUUCUUGUUUGGGCGACCAAAAAUUAAAACGAAACAAACAUCUAAAAAAAUAAUAGAAGGAAAAGAUGCAAAUCGUCACACUUCAGGACAUGAGCAGAAAAUAGAAUUGGACGAAUCUCAAAAUACCCCAAGUGACAGUGAGGCGACGAUUAAAACAGUAGAUACUAACCUUUGGGAAAAGUCCCGGAUAACAAAUAAAUCAAAACAUCAUCUAAACCGGGAAAAGAAGAAAGACAAAGACCAUAGAGACAAGAACCCUCCGAAAAAAUCGGAUCUUUAUUUGACCUUGAACAAUGCCACUGAUGGCGAGAGAAAAGAGGAUUUAUCUCCGAGCGAUCCAUCUGCUCAAGUAAGGGUUGACAAAUUUAUAUCGGAAGCAAGAAUAAGAGCUUCACAGUUUAUAGAUGAAGAGAUUCGUAUAGUUCUAGUUGGAAAAACGGGAUCGGGAAAGAGUUCAACAGGAAAUACUUUACUUAGACGUGAUGUUUUUGAAACAGAUAAUUGUGCGCAAUCAGUUACAGACAAAUGUGGUGAGGCCAGCGGUUCAUUUCGAAAGACACAAUUUCAAUUAAUCGAUACACCAGGUAUAUUUGCAUUAAGCAAAAAGGCAGAGGAUAUUGAAAGGGAAAUAAAGAGAUGUAUUCAUUUAACAGCACCUGGUCCAAAUGCCAUUCUGUUUGUUGUCCAGUUUGGUCGUUUAACAGGGGAGGAUUUACGAUCAAUCGACACCUUUCUGAGUUACUUUGGAAAAGAACUAAAGCAUUUUAUUAUAACCGUGUUCACACAUGCUGACGAAAUAAAUAAAAAUAUCACACUAGAGCAGUGGAUGAAGGGGUUACCUGAACUUCAAUCAUUUUUACAUGAAUGCGAUGGAGGAUAUUGUUCAAUUGAUAAUAAUGCCGGUCCACGCGAACAAGAAAUGUUCGUACAAAAUCUUCUGAACCAGAUUAAUGCCCUGAGAUUAAAAAAUGCCGUUAUUCAUUAUACAGAUGACGCAAUAAAUGAAGCUGAACACAGAGUUAAAGAAAAGCAGAAAAUGGUAGUGGACAGACUGGAAAAUGAAUUAAAGAAAAAAAUAGAGAACCUGGACAAACUAAACAAUAAAAUAUGGGAUGAAGAGAAGUAUCAACGCCAAAUAAAAGCAUUACAAAUCGAUUACGAAAACAAACUCGUGCGUGCCAGGGAGACAGCUCGUGCAGAAUUCCUGAAAUCGAAUAUCAUUGAUGAAUUUAAGGAGUUUGUCUUGCAAAAACAUGACAAAAUGACAAAAUAGUGAUUAACAGACAAGCUGCCUGAUAAACGUUAACAAGUUUUGUAAAUUUGAUAGAUAGAUAGAGAUUCGGUAAUUCACCACUUUUAUAAUUCCAAACCCCCUGUUGUAUUCAUGGAAGAUUUGCAAACUUCAGACUUUGGAAAAAAACUAUAUUGUGUAUAUCUUUGCGUUUAUAUCUAAUUGCUUUUGAUUAAAAUAAUAUCCGAUAUAAGAUUUUGGAGCAACGAUUACGAGUUAUUUUAAACAUUGUCCUUUUAACAGUCUAUUGUUUAUGCGCAUCAACUAAUGCAAAUUGUUAGUGAUAGAAAAGUUCUAUGACGUUGUUUCUAGCCAUGAAAAAACGUCAAAUUAUAACGUCCUAUUUCGCGUUUUUCAUGAAUUCCAACAUGGUGUACGCUUUUAUAAAAAAACGUCUUCCAAGAAAAGUGGAUUAAGCGUCGCGUUGAUAUCUAGUGGAAAUAAAACACAAAUGGUCACAAAAGAUACUACAAUAUCUGUAUCCUGAGUUACCUCAGUUCUAAUAAUAAAAAUAACAAAUUUUAAAUUUUGAACUCGGCUUUUUUAUUUGCGUUGAUCUGCAUUCACUUUUUUUCUUUCACUAGCGCCGAUUUUGUAUUUCAUUUGCACCGGUUGUGUACAGGUAAAUUAUAGGUGAAAAUUAUUAUUUUUUAUUUAUCAUGUAAAACCUCUUCCGUUAGCCAGUUGUACAUAUGUUAUGAAUUGUCAAUUAUAACAUGUAUAUAACUGUUAUCACCUGCUCACAAAGAAGAGGUGGGAGUUGAAUUUUGAGCAGGAUAAGUCAAUUUAAAAGUUAUUUGUGCACUCUGUUUACAUCCACUAAAAUCAUGGAGUAAAACUCUAUUUACAGCAUUUUAAAGCACCACAAUCAAAUCCAUAAAAACGUAAUACAAUGAAAUACUUACUGUUCUUGCCGAGUACUUAUAUGCUAUACACAUCUGAUAUAUUCCAUUCUUGUCAUUUCAUCUCUUUUAUACUUGUUGUACUUGCCAACAACGAAACGAAGUCAAUCUUUUCUUUCUCUUGUCAAAACGACGUUCUCGAACAAUAUGACCAAAAUUAUCUUAAACAUAAGGGAACACUGUUUAUAUCCAUAUAUUACCAAUAUACAUUCUAGGUUUACUACAUGUACAUGUAUUUACUCGUAUAUCAAUUAUAUAGUAUUGGGACAAAUGAUAAAACAAAUAAAAUAGGCGCUAAUGAAAGAAUUAAAUCGGCGCAAUGAUGAUUCUCGUAUAAUAAUGUCUGAUCUUGCAAUGAAGUUAAAUUUUAUUUAUACUGCUUAAUUCGACAAAAUCUUAUAGUAAAAAUAAAAUGAUGAAGGUUCAUUGUCUUUUGUCAUUUGUUUCAUUUCAAAUUGUCUUAAGGAGAAAUGAGAAAGAUUUCGCCUGAUCUUACUGAAGCUUAAGGCAAAAAAUAUAAGAAAUUAAUACUCAGUGAAUGUGAAUUAAAAUCAAAAUUAAAACUAAACUUGUUGUAAAUUUAACUUAUGACAAAAACAAUUUCUUCAAGAAUAAGAUCCAACAUAAAAUUUUUCACUUUCAAAGAGCUACAAUGACCGGAAAGAUUGAAAACAAAUUUUGAUUUUCAAUGCCGGCAAUCUAUACAUACAACCUUGACUUUGUUUUAAUUUCCAAAAUGAGCGAUUUAGAUUCAUAACAUUUUAUCCUGUUUUGAGAAAUACUUUAUAGUUUUCAACGGAAAAUUAUUUCGUAGAUUCUAAAUAAAUUUUUGCAUUAAAAAAAAACUUAUUUGUAUUUAAUAUUUACUAUAUCGUUUACAUAAAACACUUGAGGUAGUAAUAACGGGGAUUUUAUGAUCAGAGGUUAAAUGAAUGUAUAAUGUUUUAGAAUCAAAAAUUUUAAUUCAUAUAUUUAUGCCUAUAGUUUCAAUUUCUGGAUAACAAAGUAGGUGAAUAUAGUUGUUAUUCUUGAAAAUUUAAAUGUGGGUUUCAAACGUCCAAUUUGCAAUUUUUUUCAUAUAGUGCGCCAGCAAGGAAAACGUGUACUAUGAUGUCAGAUUCAAUGUUCUGAAGAAAGACAAAACUCUUUUCUUCAAAACAAACGAGAAAAAAAACCCAUGAAAAUUAGUAAUUUUUUUAUACUGGAAACGUUUUUCAUUCUUACGUUUUAUUUUUGGCGGGAAUGAAAUAAAUCAUAUUUUUUAAGAUCACAACAAUAAGAAUCUUACACUCUUGAAACUGCAUUUGAUAGACACAAAUCUUCUGUUCAACGUAAAACAUGAAUUAUGCUUGUAGGUUUGAUAUUAUAGGAUUUUUUGAGAGUUUAAAUUGCAAGCAAAUAUCAUAUUAGUAUUCGGGAUAUAUAUAUCUAUGAGUGUUGUCAAAUUAUAAAACUCGUCGAUUUUUAUAAUUCAACUUGAUAUUAAAUUAGAUAAAAAAAAUAUUUAUAAAUUGUUACAUUUUAAAGAGUGGCGGAUCCAGCCAUUUUUUAAUUUUUGAUCAUUUGUUUUCGUUCAGAAAUGUAUGAAAUAUUUGCCACUGGAUAUUACGCAAACAUCAAUCCCGGCGAGGGAAGAACAAAAAUUUGCUUCCGCAAAUUUACAGAUUUAACAUUGUUGUGCUGAUAUUUAGAGUAAUUAUGUAUAUAUAUUUAUAUGAAAAAAAGGUGCAUUGUGAAUGCAACAUUGCAAAUAAUACUUUUUAAAAAUUCCUAAAUUAUAAAACUUAGCACUUUUUAGUAUUUUUGACGGGAUAAUGAAGUUUUGAGAAUUUUCCGGCCCACAGAAAAUACUGAAAAAGAGAUAAAAGAAAGCCCUUUUAGAUAAACAAAACGUCUAAGAUGGCCAUUUCAUUUAAUAUUUCAGAAUGUGGUGUAUACUUAAUGAUUUGGACAUCUUUGUCCCUGGAUCUGAACAAGGAUUUGUAUAAUCAAAAUUUUAUCAUGUCAUGUCAUUGUGUAUUAUUACUUAUCAAAUAUGAUUUCAUGCUACAUAAUGCCAUUUCCGUAUUUGAUUAAAAAAAGGGAAAAAAUCCAAUAGCUAUUGAUUUUUUAAUAUAUUUGUAUAAAUACUCAUCUAAUUAAUUAACACGCGCCGAUGUUGUCAACACGGUAAGUUUUUCAAUAUCAACAAAUACGUGUUAUCUCUGUGGUCAACCGUAACCGGGAGUUUCAACAUGCGUUUUUAAUUGGAUAGAUGAAAUUGAUCCCGACUGUCCCUUGAUAAAUGCAUAUCAGUAAAACGGAACCUUAUAGAACAAAUUGAAUGACAAAAGAAAUAUCAAAAAUGUCUGCCGACGAAUUUUCGAGAAUCAAAAUUUAACUCUCUCUUCUACAUGAUCUAAAACUUUUAGCAUGAAAUUAAAUAAGUAUGUACUCAUUCUAAUCACUUUUUCGGAUGACUUUGAUAAAGUUUACCUAUAAAAUGUUUUUUUGACAGAAUUUUAAAUGGUGUAGAAUUCGUUCUUUUUAUAGACACAUUUUAAAUUGCUGACGUAACAUGUUAUUUUUCGCGACGUCAAACUGUGAAAUGACAUUUGUCUUGAUACUGUAUGAAGAAAUCACCAAUUUUUUUUAAACUAGUUAAAUAUACAACAAAAAUGCCGUUUUUUUUUUCUAAGAUCAAUUUUGUUUUAACAAAGAUGAAUUAUUAACAAAGAAUUGUUACACAAAUGUAGGGGCUUAUUUUGUAACGAAGAUAUUCUUAUCCUUUUACCGAAAUCCGCCUAUGUUUAUCUUUUGAAACAAAAAAGUUAAGGAUGUCUGUUUUGAGGACAAAAAUGUCCAAGAAACCAAAAUUUUUAGUAAAUGUCGAAAAAUUCAAACCCAUUUAUCUUUAAAAUUUAGCACAUGAAGAUAUAUUUUUUAUUACAUAUUCAAAAUAAUUUUGUAAAAAAUAUCUUGUAUGCAAACUUUCGUAAAAAAAUACUGAAUCGUAUGCCCAUAAUUGCCCUAAAGCUAAAUGUCAUCGUCAGAUUAUGAGGGUCUGGGUGGGGAUUAAUUAAUUCUGUAUUCUAUUAUUUUUAGGCCAUAAUUUCUAUUCGUUAUACUUUUUGCCCAUCGUUCUUUAUUCCUUAUAUGCUAGUACCUCAUCAUUCUCUUUUCUAUAUUUGUUUGGUUAUUUUCUAUAUUCUUUAUUUUUUUGUCAAUUAUUUUCUAUUCUGUAAGCCCCCAUCCACACCCUCAUGUAUAAUGGAAGACGAUAAACAUUUUGGCACAUGUUGUUAUUUCUCACCUGGAUACACGACUUUUAUAUAUAUUACGUAAUAGUAUCGAAUUUUAAAUUAUCGAUAUAGUAAAUUCAGUAGAAUAUAAUCUAUAUCAAUGUAAUGGCUUUUUAAAUGUAUUUUUAUUUGACAGCAAGAAUAAAUUUGUUUAACAUA